UGGAGAAUCCCAUGGACAGAGGAGCCUGGCGGGCUACAGCCCAUGGAAUCCCAAGAGUCUCAGAGACGACUGAGCACACGAGAUAAGUCUGAUUUCUUUAUUGCUAGUUCUGGUACAUAGAGCCUCUUUCAAAGAAUUGAUGUUAUCUCUCCUUGUGCUGACCUUCUUAGUUAAUGUUUUAUUUUAAGGAGAAACCACAAAAGACUACCCAGGGGAAAGAAAGUAUCAUUUCAUGGGAAGUCUGCUAGAAAGAGGAAUGAAGCCAAACCUCCUGACUCUAACUCUCUUUGGGGUCUCCCCAGCAGAUUUAAUUUACUCAUCCCAUGUAUGCUGGAGGUUUCUAACCCUGGUCUUCUAACCCAGACCUUUGCUGCUUUCAGUUCAGAUAUGCCCUACUCACCUGGCAACAUCCACCUGUGUGUCCUCAGACCAGAAUGUCCAAAAGUGAUUCAUUUUUCUUCCCCUGCCCCCCAACCACCAAACCUUUUCUGCUGCCCCUGCUCUUUCAUUUUGGAUGCUAGUUCCCCUCCCCACCCAGACUCUAGCUUGCCUCCUCUCCCCCACCCUGCAUCCAGUGUCCUCUGGUCUCAGCUGUCUCACUUCCUGAACUACUCUCCCCUGCCUGGAGGCCCCCAUCUCAUCUAGACUUCGGUGGUUGCUUGCUUCCUCACUCAUCUGAACUCCAGUUGCCCCCGGUGAACCCCUGCUCUGGAACCAGCCUGGCUCAUCUUCUUAAAACAGCUGGACACGUCAGAAUCCCAGCUGGAAGUGGGCGCGCAUCCAGACACGCGAGGGCCGGCCUGUGUACAGAGCAGAAGAAGAACCAGAUGCAGCGCCUACGGGCUGAGGCGACCAGACAGAGCCUGGUGUUCAAACCCCUUUGGGGUUUCAGGCGGAAAGGAGGGCUGGAAUAGUGAGAACAAGUCUGACCUGGAUGAUGCCACCUAAAACUGCACAUGCCUGGGGGUUUCAGCCAAGAAGAACUUCUAAAAAUCUGGAAAGGGCUGUUCUAUUGCAUGUGGGUGCAGGAUGAACCUCUUCUGCAGGAGGAGCUAGCGAACACUAUUUCCCAACUCAUCCAUGUUGUUAACAACUCAGAGGCUCAGCACCUGUUCAUCCAGACCUUCUGGCAGACCGUGAAUCGCGAGUGGCCUGGCAUCGAUGGGCUCCGCCUGGACAAAUUCCACAUGCUGAUCCGUCUGGUCCUGAGGCAGUCCUUUGAAGUUCUGAAGCGAAACGGCUGGGAAGAGAGCCGUAUCAAGCUUUUCCUCGACGUCUUGAUGAAGGAGGUCCUGCAUCCUGAGAGUCAGUCUCCAAACGGAGUGAAGUUCCACUUCAUCAACAUUUACCUGGACGAGCUGUCCAGGGUGGGCGGGAAGGAGCUUUUGGCAGAUCAGAAUCUCAAGUUUAUUGAUCCAUUCUGCAAGAUCGCUGCCAAGAGUAGGGACCAGACUUUGGUACAGACUAUAGGUAGGGGUGUUUUUGAAGUCAUUGUAGAUCAGUCUCCUUUUGUACCUGAAGAGACAGUCAAGGAACAGAAAACACAAGUGAGUGGCAGCAACCUCUCAGAGGAAGAGACAUCUGAAAACGAGAUGAUGUGGAGAAAAGCAGUCAGGAAAAAGAAAGCAGCACUGGGCAAAUAUCACUCUGGAAAAGAGGAGUUCAGCCAGGAAGGUGGACAGGAUGGCGGUGGAAGUGUGGAGGAUACUGGGCCAUUUCUCCAGUUUGACUACAAGGCAGUUGCUGACCGACUCCUAGAAAUGACCAACAGGAAAAACGUCCCUCCCUUCAACAGGAAACGCCUCUCCGAGCUCAUCAAGAAAUUCCAAGAUCUCUCUGAAGGCAGUCUCUCUCACCUCAGUCUUGCUGAGGAUACCACUGCUGACGAAGAUGACCAGACCCACAGUCAAGGAACACGUAAGAAGAAAGGGAAUAAACUUUUGCAGAAGACAGACAUGGCAGGAGGGAAAGGAACUAAGUUCUUCCCUGCCAAGGAAGAGGAGAGCGAAGGUGGCAUUCCAAAGAAAAAGAGGAAAAAGAAGAAGAAGAACCAAUUCCAGGCUGAAUGCCCAGGGCCCAGUGGGGAAGCCACGAGCCGAGAACAGAAUGGGAGCCAGGAGCCAGAGGCCAGUCCCAAAAGAGCCCCAGAGGCGAGUGGAGCUGAGCUGGGAAUUUUGGCCAUGCCCGACACCCGGGAGCAGAGCAGCUUGGAGCGCCCCUCCUUGCAGAGCAGGAGGAAGCGGCCCAGGAAGAGGAGCCCACGGAUCCAGGUGGAGGGCCUGGAGUCAACAGCGUCGCCUCUGGAGGGGGUGGCCCCUCGAGUGGCCCCAGCCAGUGGUGCCCCGGUCCUGAAGAGGAGGCGGGAGCUGGGAGCCCUGCUGGUCAAUGGCAGUGGCCCACCUGUGCUGGCCUGGCCCCCGCCCCAGAGGGAAGGGCCCCCAGCCAGCCCAGCAGACAGAGGGCACUGCCCCGCCACCCUGCCCCCGGGCGAGAAACUGAAGAAGAAGAGUGGGGGGCCCAGCGGCCUUGACCUCUACGACUCAUGCGCUCAGAAAGCUGCCAUUUUGAAAAAGAGGAAGAAAAUGAAGGAGAUGUCAAACUCGGUGGAGCCCAGAGGGAUGAAGCUCAUCCCAGCCCUGGGCAGUGGUGGGGUGCAUGGCCCUUUGAAGAAAAAGCUGAGGACGGAGAAGGACUUUGUGAAGUUCGACGCCGCGUCCUCCCCGAAGCCCCUGUUCUUCAGGAAGGCCAAGGGCAGCAUCGCUGCCUCACCGGGCCCCACCCUGCAGUCACAGAGAACCCCGUCCAGCUCCAAGAAGGUGACCUUUGGGUUGAACAGGAACAUGACAGCAGAGUUCAAGAAGACAGACAAGAGCAUCUUGGUCAGUCCCACGGGCCCCUCCCGAGUGGCCUUCAACCCUGAGCAGAGGCCCCUCCAUGGAGUGCUGAAGACCCCCACCAGCUCGCCAGCCAGCACCCCUCUGGGCCCCAAGAAGCCGCUGACUGCCAUGCCAAAGAGAAGGCCAACAGCUAUGGACUUCUUCUAAGACAGUCAGAGUCCUUUUAAAGACUGCUUUUGUACAGAAUGUUCUAUAAAUUAUAAUGUUUAAAAGGCA